AUGGCGGCAGAUGGGAAGAAGAAUAAAACCGAUGAGGAAUCGAUUGAUUAUAUUUCGAGUUUGCCUGAAUCUGUUAUUCAUCACAUACUGUCAUUCCUUCCUUUCCGGCGUAUCGUCCGUACUUCUGUGCUGUCCAAGACGUGGAAUCGUUUUUGGUCCAAUUACCCUAACGUUGAUUUGAUGUUGAAUCUCGGGAUGUACGAUUGUCCUCGCCCUCAAUUCCUGGUUGGUGCCCUUUUUGGAUCGGUCGUUGGGGCUGCAACUGUGAGGAAUGUUUCUGAGCUAGUGAUUAAACUGCAUUGCCGCGAGGAAGGGGAUGGCCCAUACUGUUUCUAUUCUAUUCCUCAGGAAGUUUUUACUGGUUCUCUAAAGGUUUUAGAGAUUGAGAGAUGUAAGUUUGAGGGUUGCGAUGCUUGCAUUGAGCUUCCGUGUCUGCAGAAGUUCACACUUAAUUGCUGCAAAUUCUCGGGUGAAAAUUUGUUAAAUAAGAUUCUAUGUGGCUGUCCUGAGUUGGAGUUUCUGGAUGUUUCCUUUUGUGAAGGUGUUGGUGUUGGACAUUGUCUCUCUGUUUUGAGUAAACCUAGGUUGAAAUAUUUUAAGGUCUUUCAUCUUAAAGAGCUUGCGAGGAUUGAAGUCUUUGCACCGAGUCUUGAAACGUUCAAAUGCAGCUUACUGAAACCUUGUGUCAUUGACUUGGCUCGUUGCACUGUCCUGAAAUAUUUGAAAUUGGAUGGAGUUGACCUCUCUGCUGAUUAUGUUCCCAUUCAGGAUCUUUUGUCUAAGCUUGAUUAUAUUGAAGAAUUGGAAUUGGGUAACUGUAUAGUUGCAGACAAAAUUGAGAUCUCGAGUUCAUGCCUCAAGAAACUAGUUAUCAUUGAUUAUAUCAACUUUCCUGGUGCCGAAAUUGACAUUCCAAAUUUACUCCAUCUAGAAUUCUUGGUUACAGGUGCAUGUAACUCUCGAAGUAAGUUCAGUUCUUGGAAUGUUCCAAGGGUGGAAGAAAUUCACAUGGCAUUUUCUGUUCAAACCUUUCGGGCCCUUUGCAGGGCUGGACUAAAAGGUUUUCUUAUGAAAUUAAAUAACUAUGAGAAUUUGAAAUUGCUUAUUGCAUGCAAAGGUUUAGAGUUGAAGAAGUUUAUUGUGCUUGAGAACUACAUGCCGUUUCUUUUUCUUCCCUCAAUACUGUCUUAAAGAAGACAAUGCCAGAAUUUAUUGUCAUAUCAUCCAAGAGGGUUGAAGAUUUAUUGGGUCACAUGUUGUAUCCUAUUAAUGGCUCCAUUAGUGUAUCAUUGAUAUUUUCUUCUCGCCAAAGCAUAGAGUUGCUGUAUAGAAAUCUGAGCAGUGAGAAAGCUACAAAGUUUGCUUGUAGGGAUUUCGAGUUGGUUUCUACUGAAGAGAUAGAGCAUGAGCAUGAAAUGGACUCUGCAUGGAAAUCCUUCAUGGAGAUGCAUUCAACUGGUAACGAGACUGCAACAAUAAUUGUCCGUGCACGUAAUUGGUGGGAGAUGUUCUUGAAAGAGGCUUUGUAGAAAAGGAACAGAAUGGGUAAUUCAGAGAAGAUUGGAAUGACAAUAUUGAAAUUUCUAUUGGAAAAUAAUCUCAUUGUUUGCAUUUAAUUCAACUACAUUUUUUGUCUAUAGACAUAAGUUUUGUUUACACCAGUAAAGAGUUUUUUGCAUUUUUAGUCUCA